AUUUUUAGGUGAACUAUGCCUAUAAGCCCAUAUGAGGCCCACAUUGGACCCACUCUGCAAUGCUGACUGGUUCAUCAUGGAAGGCAGCCCGUAUGGGAUGGAUUAUUUAGGCAGAAAUCAGAAAACUUUGCAAACCAAAUGCUGCUCCACAAGUCUAAAGAUCUUUAUUGGUGCACUUGCCUUCUGUUACUUCUCUAAAUCCCUGACGGGGUUUUACACCAAAAGCACCAUCACUCAGAUUGAGAGGCGGUUUGAGAUCCCGAGCUCCACUGUUGGCAUCAUUGAUGGCAGCUUUGAAAUGGGUAAUAUGCUGGUCAUUACCCUGGUAAGCUAUGUUGGUGCUAAGUUUCACAGACCCAAGAUCAUUGGAGCAGGGGUUCUGCUGAUGGGUAUAGGAACACUGUUGAUGGCUUCACCUCAUUUCAUUAUGGACCGGUACAAGUAUGAUACAGCUGCCACCCAUACUAAUGAUGCUGGUAAUUUCACUGUGAUCUCUACAUGCUCAUCCGACUCUCAGGAAACUCUUCAACAGCCUUUCUCUGGAUGUCAAACAGAGGAAGCUGAAAGCUCACCCUUGUGGGUGAUCGUGCUUUUGGGAAACACUAUGCGUGGGAUUGGGGAAUCCAGCAUUGUCCCUCUGGGAAUGUCAUUCAUAGAUGAUUAUGGACAGCCAGAAAACUCUGCUUUUUACAUUGGUUGUCUGAACACACUUGGAGUGAUUGGGCCAAUUUUUGGUUUCAUGCUUGGAUCUUUAUGUGCUAAUCUUUAUGUGGAUAUUGACUCCGUGUAUCAAGCAAGUGUAAGCAUCACACCACAGGACUCUCGCUGGGUUGGGGCUUGGUGGUUGGGUUAUGUGGUGUCUGGCCUAUUGAAUCUCCUCGCUGCUUUUCCUUUGUGGUUCUUUCCAAGAGCUCUACCUGAAAAUUCUGACAUUUCUGAGCUAAACCACCCCCCACAACACCACAAAACCACACCCAGCCUUACCGAGAUAGCCAAAGAUUUUCCGCCAUCCUUUAAGCGUCUGCUUACCAACAAGAUUUACAUUUUGUACCUAGCUCACAGUAUUGUGGCAUUCAAUGACUUUGCCAUAGGGGCAUCAUACACACCGAAGUAUCUGGAACAGCAGUUUGGACAAAGUGCAUCCAAAACCAACUUUCUCAUAGGAGUGACAUCUGUGCCAGCAGUGGCUGUGGGUAUUUUCCUGAGUGGGUUGAUGAUGAAGAGAUUUAAAUGGGAUCUGCUUGCAUCUGCAAGAGUGAAUUUGUACACUGGUGUUGCCAUGUUGUUUUUGGCCAUACCUUUCUUUGCUCUCCGCUGUGAAAACCUAGAUGUCGCAGGGGUUACAGUGCCCUAUCAAGGAUCUACAGAAGUUCAGGAUAUAAGUGACUUACCCCCUUCUUGCAAUGCUAACUGUGGGUGUCCAGACAUCAAAUGGGAUCCAGUGUGUGGAGAGAAUGGAGUGACCUACAUCUCACCUUGCCAUGCAGGCUGCAAUUCCACCCAGGGUGCAGGAUGGAAUAUGACAUUCCAUGACUGCAGCUGUAUUCAGAGCUGGGGACUGAGCAUUGGCAACUCCUCUGCAGUUCUUGGGCAGUGUUCACGAGAUCCCAACUGCAACAGAAUGUUCUACAUCUAUCUGGGAUUGCAAUCUUUGGCCUUCUUUGUGUACAGUCUUGGCACUGUUCCUUUUUUCACCAUGUCUUUAAGGAUCGUGGAUCCUGAGCUGAAGUCUCUCUCUGUGGGAAUGUUACUGUUUGCUGUAAGAGUUUUGGGUGGUAUUCCUGCACCCAUUUACUUUGGUGCUCUUAUUGACUCUACCUGUCUGAAAUGGGGCCAAAAUAAAUCUUGUGGAAGAGGUGCCUGCAGAAUUUAUGACAUUGAGACAUUCAGGUUCCUCUUUCAGGGACUGACCAUCGGUCUUCGAGUAUUAGCCUAUUCCCUGCUCUGGAUAGCCACAAUAGAGAUAAAGAGAAAAAUGAAGAAUGAUAAACAAUUGUCGAAAGACACAGAACUCCAAAAGUCUCCAUCCAAAGAUUCAGCAGGCAAGAAGACUGUACAAGUAAAGUAGAAUGCCCACAACACACACUAAAGAGCGCUCUACACAUCACAUCUGCCACUGAACCAGAUGACAAAUCCCAUCAUGUCCAGCAGUCACACACCAGUUUCAGCUUACUUCCUGAUUACACACACACAGCUGCAGUUCAUCACCAUUGAUUACAUGGACUAUAUAGAUACCAUCCUCACACAUAUCCAUUGCUGAGUCUUGUUAUCUGUAGUGAGCGUUAUGAAAUAUUAUCCUGUGCUAUCUUGCUGUGUUUUUGACCGCUUUUUUGUUUACUGUUUAUGCUUGUUUUGCCGCCUGCCUCAACCUCUUCACCUCUUGCAACGACUGCUCUUUUGGAUUACCUUUAUGCUACUGUUUGCUCCUGCAGAUGGUAGAUGGCUGGACAGAUGGAGAGUUUGUAUGGCAUGAGUGUGAAUCAACAAGGGCAGACACAGAUAUCAAAUUUUGUGUGAUUAGUACAACUGUGUAAGAACAAAAUUACAAGAGCGUGUAAUGAAGGUGUUUGUUCAGCACAGCAGCCUCAAGGUACACAGCAGCACUGUGGGUCCAGCGGAGGAAGAAUGAACUCCGGACCUUCUUGAACUCAAACAUUUUAUACUGUUUUAGUUU